UGUGAUUAGUUGAUGUCAAAGUAAAACUCCAUUGUCUUUUGUAACCUCUUUUAAAACUGUGGUUAAUUUUUUAAGAAAUAUGUUGUGGCAUGUUUUAUUCCAAUAUAUUCAAUAUAACAUACUCCAAAUUAUAUACGGACUUUAAAACUCGCUCUAAAACGUAGAAUAAAUUUUAAUAUCUUACAAUGAACAAUGCAUAUGGAAACAAUACAAUUCAAGACCUAUGUGAAGAUACAAGUACGAGCAACUUAGAAGCCAAUAAUCUAUACAUGGAUCAUGCCCAAUGUAUUGCAUAUCAAGAUAUAACAGUCACUCUGACUUCAAAACUCACACCCACUGCCCCUGAAUUUAUUCCUAGAAAUGCCGUUCCAUUUUGUAUAGUUCCUGCACAGAGUAAUAAUAUUUCUGGGGCUGAAUGCCAAGAUCACUCAGCAUCGCUCUCACAAAAUGACCAACUUUCGCGAAGUUGGUGGAAACAAUAUAAGCCAUCCCUUGAUACAAAUUUCAUAAAAUAUUCUGAACCAUAUAGAAAAUGGAAAUUAUUAAACAAAGAAAAAAAAAUUAUGAUAGAUUAUAAACAUUCCAAUCAAGGCAUUAUUAACAGUUCACCAGAUGAAAAUAUGGCAGAGUUAAACAUGGUAUCACAAAAACUUGAUAAUGCAAAGAAUUAUAAUUACAAGAGAAAAUCCAUUCUUCAAGUGCGAAUAGAUGUUCUUGUAAGUUUAGAGAUGCGAUUACUGGAUCUUGAUGUGUUGCCAUGA